AUUCAUUGGUGCAAGUCUCUAGCUUGACUAGACACCCUGGAACCCACUCAAGGGCCCCUGAAGGUGCAUGAACCCUACUUUUGGUAACCCUUUGCUCUGCUCGCUGCAGGUUACACCCACUCCUCCCUGCAGCCUCCCUUCAUGCUCUCUGGAGCCAGCUAACCACCAGGGUUCGUUCUGUACUUUAGUGACGGACUGAUAGAGUACAGCUGAGAAGAAAUACUAUGAUAAACUUUACACUUAGUGGAAUUUAAAAAACAAACAAAAACAAAAAACGUCGCUUUAAGGAGUGGUUGCAUGCUGCGUUCACAGACACGACGCGAUUGGAAUGAGAAGACGCGCAAAAAAGUUUUAAGACGAAUGAUUCAGGAUGCACUGGUUAUUGUUCCCCAAAUUAGGCCUGCUUGUUUGUUUUCACAACUAUAUCUCAGGUGAACAGAAAGGCUUGGAACAUUUGGUGGCUGGCUCCUUUACACUGGAAACCAGAACCUUGACAUACGAUGAGUCCUACUAUGAGUAUGUGCCUGAUCGCCUGCAGUGGAACAGUGCAGGAGAGCUGUGUAACCAGCGCUCUGGGGCCUUAGCCAAUGUCUCCAACUCAGUAGAGAACCAGGAGCUAACCAGCUUUUUAAAAUCCUUGAACAUCUCUCAGCCUGUGUGGAUUGCCAGGAAAGUCAUGACACAUCUGACAAGUUCCUCCGAGACCCUGAUUCUGGAGUUCACCGGGCGCUCGGAUAGGAAGUAUGCCCGUCUCCUGCACAAGUUCCCCUCCAUGGGCUCAGUGACCGUUUGCACCCGUCUCCGCUUCGAUCCAAAUUGCUUUGGAAUUUCCACCAUAUUCUCUUAUUCCAUCCAGUCAUAUAUUAAUGAGUUCCAGCUUCGCGCGAACCUGAUCCAGGGCAAGCCUGUGCAGCUGGCUCUGCUGGUCCAUGGCAUUCACGGACCUUACCAAGAAGCCUUCGACCACGACGACUCCUGGCACUCGGUGUGUGUUUCUUGGAGCCAGAAUGGUGGACGCUGGGCACUAUUUACUCAUGGCCUUGUGGUCUCUAGGGGCGAUGGCCUAAACAGUUCUGACAGCAUUGGACGUGACGGGCUUUUCAUUAUUGGGCAGGAGCAGGACACCUUUGGGGGCUCAUUUAAGAAAGAUGAGUCAUUCUCAGGGAGCAUCACAGAGCUGCACAUAUGGGAUCGAGUACUGUACAGCAGCGAAAUCCACAUAAUGGAAAAGGAGUGUUCACCCAUUUCCUCUGGGCUGGUUUUCAAGUGGAGUGGAGCAGCCAUGGAAAUAGAGUCCUCCCUUACGAAGCUGUGGAGAGACAGCCCAUGUCAAGGAAACUUCACUGUCUUAACAAAUUCGUUCUUGGAUUCCCUCCUGGAUGGAAAUUCUUUGCAGAAUCAAACGUUAUCCUUUGAGUUGUUCCACAGCCCUCAGUCUGAUGAGGAUUGUGGCAUCUUUGACCCUGUUAUUGGCAGCUGGGGCCAAGCCAAGUGUCAAUCAUUCAGAGGGGCUGUCUGCCAGUUUAAGAAAGAAGUGCUGGGUGCUAUGACUUUACCAAAGACACCAUUCUUCAGUAGAUUGAGCAAGGAUCCUCUGACCAAACCUGUGAUGGAGAAGCUGAGCAUUAACACCUCCAGGGACAGAGAUCUGACCUUGCUACAGCAGCUGACCCAGGCUGUUCUGCAUACGUUGGAGAACGGUGGCCCGAACCUCCUCACCUCCAGUGAUGUCCUCUACUUUACCCAGAUGAUUGAGAUGGACCUGACUGCACUGGCUAGCACUCACUCUGCUGGAGCUGACGCAGCAGAGCUCAUGGUGUCCAUUGCUACCAACUACGUAAAGGUGGCAAGUUUGAUGCUGGAGCCCCACAUGGCUUCACAGUGGAUGGGCCUGACAGAGGAUGGGGUCAGCAUGGGGCCAUUUACUAUUGUCAAGAGCAUUGACAGUCUCACUGAAACUCUUGCAGACAUGUUAUCUGCUGAGGGGAGAGGCUUCACUCUUUCUACAAAGAACAUAGAUGUGUACAUGAAGUGGCAGAAGCUGUCUGAAGAGAGCUGUAGUCAAGUCUUCAAGCCAUCUGCGGUCAGCUCUCACACAGCCAGCAGCAGCGGUCAAGAUGGGUUGCUUAUCCCUGACAUUGAGCUUCAGAGGAUACACACACUGGGAUAUGAGGAUGUGAUGUUUAUUCAUACCCACUACAGCCAUCUGAGUGAGAUUGUGUCUGGAGCACAGGAGCCUCCAUUGAGUCACCAAGAUAAAGUAAAAAGAAUUCUCCCAGGUCACCUGGUUUCUGCUGUCAUAUCAGCCACUGUCCGUGAUGCCUCCCAGGCCCAAACCAUCCCCGUGGCCGUCGAGUACACCCUUUCUUCAUCACACGUGGUGGAGUAUUCACAACGUGUUACUCCUGUUUGUGCCUUUUGGAAUUUCAGCUUGAUGCAAAAUCAUACCGAUAGCUGGUCCAGUGAUGGUUGCAGGGUAACUGUUGCUGGCUCUGGUGUCACUUCCUGUCUUUGUAACCACACUACCAACUUUGCAGUGCUGAUGAAUUACCUGGAGUCGAAGUGGAGUCCUGAGGAAGAGCUUAUUUUGACCAAGCUGACGUUCAUUGGCUCUGGAGCGUCUCUGUGUGCGCUCGUGGUGACCUUGAUGCUGUUCACUGUGCUGGAUAUCCCCAAAUCUGACAGGACGUCCAUCCAUAAGAACCUGUUCAUUGCUCUGAUCUGUGCCCAGGUGAUUCUGCUCUGCAGCGGCUCAGCCAUUCACAACAAGGUGGCGUGUACACUUGUGGCGGCACUGCUUCAUCUUUUCUUCAUGGCAGCAUUUAGCUGGAUGCUGGUGGAGGGUCUGCUGCUCUGGAGCAAAGUGGUCGCAGUAAACCUAAGCGAGGACCGACACAUGAAAUAUUACUAUCUCAUCGGCUGGGGUCUGCCGGUGCUGAUAGUCACCAUCACGCUGGCAUCAGCCUCAGGCAAAUACUCAGCCGACGGCUACUGUUGGCUCAGUGUCCAGAAUGGCAUUAUCUGGGGCUUUGCUGGGCCUGUCAUCUUCAUCAUCAUGGUGAAUAUCAUGGUACUGACCAGGGUGGUGGUCAUCACCAUCUCUACAGCCAAGAGAAGGUCCAUCAUGUUGGCCAUGGGCACCAGUCCUGUGGAACAAACAUAUGAGCAAAUCAGGGCUGCAGUGAAAGCAGUGUUGGUGUUGCUGCCUAUCCUCGGAUUAACAUGGCUGUGUGGCGUCUUGGUGCCUUUCUCCAUUGUCAUGGCCUACAUCUUCAUCCUCCUCAACUCCCUGCAGGGCCUGUUCAUCUUCCUGAUAUAUGGGGUGUACAACACAGAGGUUCGGAGCACGGUCAACAGGAUCAAGGAGAGGAGAAAAGCGCUAAAUUUUUCAGCGACACUGUCUUCUCAUUUCUUACAGAACUGUGCCAGUUCCCGACCAUCCAGCUCAGUUACCAGCUCUCGUCCUGUGAGUUUCCCACUAGGCACUACCCCAAGCCAGGAGGAGGAGGCCACCACCAUCUACACUUACAGCAACACCCCAGGCCUGGGGAAUGAGGAAGAGAAGACCAGAGGUCAGCUGUCCAUUCCUUGUGUUCCAGAGAGACUAGAAAAUCCCUUGAGCCAAACCUCCAAAGGCACUCAUCUGCAUAGAAAGGAGCCUCCACCCUCGGAGGUGGAUGCCUUGCCGGCUGGUUGUAGUCUUCAUGUUCCCAUGGAGCUGGAGUUUACAGCUUCCUGUUUCCCUUGCAGCCCUGCACCUCAGAAAAGCUAUGGCCUCGUCUACGUUGACUGACUGGCUGGUGACGGUGAUUGCAGUUUCAUAUUGUUAAUUUUUUAUUUUUUAUUUGGUGUAAUGUUUUCUUUGUAUUAUAGCUCCUUUUUUCUCAACUCUUCAAUUUUCUGUCACGUAUGAUCAUUGUAGAGACGCAGGAAUAUUUGGUACAUCUGUGUCCCUGAGUGUUGCAUACCUUAAUACUGGUUGUAAGUAUUUUCAGUGAUGAGGACUCAUUCUGUCUUUAACACUUAUUUUAAGAUGCGCUGGAUAAUAAUGUAAGAUAAAUGCCUCAAAUAUAAUUUUAAUCUAAACUAAUUACUAGUUUUCACUAAAAGUUUAUUGUUUUUUGCAUUUGGUAUAUUUGUAUGUUUUAAUGGUAUAUUUUCUUUCAUGGCUUCACUUGCUGUACAUUUUGCUUGUGUUACUGUAUAUUGUCCAGUAGUACUGCAGUGUGUUACAUGAACUGAGAAAUGGGGCGUACUUGUGACCCAUUAGGGUAAGAUACAUAUCAUGUAACUGCGAUGCCGCUGGUUUGAUUCAGGUGGACACUUUUAUCACAUGUCAUCCCACUCUCUCUCCUCUGUUACUGUCAAACUAUCAAAUAAACGCCAGGAUGGCAUGAGGGGAAAAAAGGUGAAGUUUAACUGCUGAGUGAUAUUGUACAGCAUUUCAUCUGAUUUCUUGAUUCUGCCCAUGUACAGAAGAAGGAAUAUGUUCACAGACAAAACAAAAAUGCAACUCCUUUUCAUAACCUUCCCUGUUAAUGCUCAGUACAACUCUCCCAUUGUUCACUGUCACUCUGUUGUCAACUAUCAAAUAAAGGCCAGAAUGGGAUAAAGAUCAUGAGAAAAAGAGGAAGAGCAAAGUAAUAUUUUUCAGCAUGAAGUUUUUGAUUCUGCCCAUGAAUUUUGUACAGAAGAGAACGCAAAAAAAUUAAAUAAAAUACAACAAAACCCCUUUUCCUGACAUUUAUAAUCCCAAACUGAUGCUGGUUACAACAAGACAAAAUGUGUUUAAAGAACAAUGUCACUAAGACACAAAUAAGAUUUGAGAAAUGGAGUACCUAUUUUUUAUAUUUUCUGUCUACAACAUAUAUUUAAGAAAAAAUAAAAAUCUAAUAUAAUGUGUUUUCCCCUACAUGCCAACAUCGACAGGAAUUGAACAUUUUCUCUAUAAAAUAAUACAUGUCUAAAUCUGCAUAUCACUUGGGAAUUAAUCUCACAAUCCUACAUGUUGUUUUAUUAUAAUGUUAUUCAAGAGAUGUUGGAAUAGCUAUUCAUAUUCUCCCACUAAAAAACACAUUUAAUAGAAGUGGACAGUGUUAUUGUGAGCAGGAACCGAGAAUCUGGUGUUAUAAGCAUAAUAAUUAUUUAUUGAAAUAUGAGCAAAAAUUCAAUUAGCCUCAGAGAGAUGCUCCCCAUGACAGGGAUAUGGUUGGGGCAGUCAGAAUGUCAGCAGGAGGGGCAAAAGUCAUAGACAAGCGGGAGGGAAAUAGCAUUUUGAUGCAUUGGGUAUCCAUGUGUUGACCGUAUUACAUGAGCAUGUGAAUGCACAGAGGUAGUCAUUGUUUAAGUCCUUGUUAAAGCAUUUAUCUUACAUACAAGUCUGUCUUGACAGUUACUUUUAAGCUUCAGAUUGGUUUGUUGUAAAGCUGAAUUUCAGACCAUUUCCUUUAACUUCUGACAGCUGAGGUGACAGAAAACUGUUUCUCCAAGCUUUUACUAAACUUCAGCUCCAAACAAACUCCUGUUGGGGAUGGAGCAGGACUGCAGCAGUUUUGUCAAGCAUGCAGUAAAAAAUGGGACUUCUGCAAUGACCACAUUCGUGUGCAUGACUGUAUUGCCUGCAUGUGGUAAUCCAAGGAAGCUGCAGAACCUAAACACAGAAUUUGAGGAAGUGGGUGAUAAAAGAUUGUCUGAUCAAUAGACACAAUUAAUGAGGUUGUUAGAAAAUGGAGUUCGGGACCAGGGACUGCUUAAUGGGAUUGGGACAUGGGAUUUAAGUGAAUUUUCUGUACAUUAAACAUGCCAUUGAAAGAU